AUGCCAAAACCCAAUUUCACAGCGGUGAAGGAGUUUACCUUUGAAGGUUUCUCCAUUUUUGAGUGGCAUCACAGAUUCAUCCUUUUUGUGGUCCUUUUGGUCUUGUACAUGUUGACCCUUGCCAGCAAUGCUAUCAUCCUGACAGUUAUCUACCUCAGUCGUCAACUUCACACACCCAUGUACUUCUUUCUGAGCGUGCUGUCCAUUUCUGAGACCUGUUAUACUGUGGCCAUCAUCCCACGAAUGCUGUCUGGUCUCCUCAGCCCCCAACAAGCCAUCUCCAUUCCAGACUGUGCCACCCAGCUCUUCUUCUAUCUCACUUUUGGUGUCAACAACUGCUUCCUGCUCACAGCCAUGGGGUACGACCGCUAUGUGGCCAUCUGCAACCCCCUACGGUAUUCAGUCAUCAUAGGCAAAAAGGCUUGUGUACAUCUGGCGAGUGGAUCCUGGAUCAUUGGCCUGAGCACAGCUAUAAUUCAGGUGUCUUCUGUGUUUAGCCUGCCAAUGCCAAAACCCAAUUUCACAGCGGUGAAGGAGUUUACCUUUGAAGGUUUCUCCAAUUUUGAGUGGCAUCACAGACUCAUCCUUUUUGUGGUCCUUUUGGUCUUGUACAUGUUGACCCUUGCCAGCAAUGCUAUCAUCCUGACAGUUAUCUACCUCAGUCGUCAACUUCACACACCCAUGUACUUCUUUCUGAGCGUGCUGUCCAUUUCUGAGACCUGUUAUACUGUGGCCAUCAUCCCACGAAUGCUGUCUGGUCUCCUCAGCCCCCAACAAGCCAUCUCCAUUCCAGACUGUGCCACCCAGCUCUUCUUCUAUCUCACUUUUGGUGUCAACAACUGCUUCCUGCUCACAGCCAUGGGGUACGACCGCUAUGUGGCCAUCUGCAACCCCCUACGGUAUUCAGUCAUCAUAGGCAAAAAGGCUUGUGUACAUCUGGCAAGUGGAUCCUGGAUCAUUGGCCUGAGCACAGCUAUAAUUCAGGUGUCUUCUGUGUUUAGCCUGCCCUUCUGUGAUGCCAGUGUCAUCUCCCACUUCUUCUGUGAUGUCCGUCCCUUAAUGAAGCUCGCAUGUGCUGAUAAUACCAUCAAAGAACUUAUCACUUUGCUCAUCAGUCUCUGUGUCCUUGUUCUGCCCAUGGUCUUGAUCUUUAUCUCCUAUGUCCUGAUUGUCAUCACCAUCCUCAAGAUUGCAUCUGCUGAAGGCAGGAAAAAGGCCUUUGCUACUUGUGCCUCACAUCUCACAGUGGUCAUUGUCCACUAUGGCUGUCCAUCUUUCAUCUACUUAAAGCCCAAAUCGCCAAAUUCUCUUCAGGACAGACUUAUCUCUGUGACAUACACUGUCAUCACCCCCCUGCUAAAUCCUGUUGUUUACAGCCUGAGGAACAAGGAGGUCAAGGAUGCCAUGCUCAGAGCUUUGGGCAGAAAGCCUCUCUCCUAG